AUGGCGCAAGCACAGACAAUCGAUGACGUUGAACGUCUACAUAUCGAUAUUUUCAGCAGCUACAACAGACUGAUUCGACCGGUCCGGAACAUGACGAAAACUCUUCAGGUUCAUAUAGGACUUUUUCUCUCGAGUGUGGAUGAACUGAACGUCAAAGAUCAAGUGCUACGAACUAAAGGCUGGUUGAGUUUAAACUGGACUGACGAAUUGCUAUCAUGGAACAGAAGCGAGUACAAUGGACUUGUAUCCAUACAAGUACCCGAAACAAAAGUCUGGUUACCAGACUUCAUGCUCCUCAACCAAUAUAACCGGAAAAUGAGGUUUGGUUCCAAGGACACCGACAUUAUCAUCAAGCACACAGGAGAAGUCAUAUGGGAGCCAAUCUUGGAGUCCUCUACGUCUUGCCAGGUAAACAUCCGGUUCUACCCAUUCGACAAACAAACAUGCACCUUUGAAAUCUUAUCGUGGAUGACCAAGAAACAGUUUCUAAUGGCGCAUGCCACACAGCCAAGCAUUAAUCUAGAAUAUCUUACACCCAGUGCAGAAUUCGAAAUGGAGGACUCAUCGGUGGAAAAAACCCUCAGCGAUGAUCUUGGAGGUUUAUUGUUUUCUCUGACACUGCGAAGAAAGACGACAUUCUAUUGGCUGACGAUUGUACUUCCAUUAAUAGCGUUUCCGUUUCUGUGCCCUGUCAGUUUUCUAAUACCGGCAUGCAGCGGAGAGAAGAUAACACUUUCUGUGACAGUUCUGCUGUCGUUCCUCGUGUUCACUGGGCUGAUCAACGAUUCUUUGCCGAAACUGUCCAACACCAUUUCAUACUGUGUUCUGUACACAUCACUACAGACACUGUCCAGUCUAUUGACAGUUGUUAUUAAUGGCAUCAUUAUAUACAUAGAUGCUAUGCCUCCAUCUUCACCAAUGCCGCGUUGUCUUAGAUAUUUUGAAGAAGCGCAGACAGAAUCUAAAUCUAACGCACCGAAUGGAGAAAAUGGCCGAAACGUCAGAUCGUCUGCUUGUGAUGUGAAAGAAGACAAGACCAAGUACCAGGACUAUAAGAACAUAGCAAGAAGAAUAGAUCGCUUCUGCUUCUCUUUGGGUUUAGGGUUUUCUGUUACUAGUUUAUUCCUGGUGGUGCUACAUCGUUUACCAAAAGUUGAUGUGGAUCAUCAUCCUCACUAG